CUGUAGGCUUUCCCUAGGGCACGGGUCAGAUCCAGUGGGCUGGAUCCAACGGCAGAGGUUCUUCUCCCACGCUGGAUCUCUUCCAGUUUGUGGGAAGACCACACCCUGCGCCAGCACGAUGGAUUGUUAAUGGGCUUGUGGAGUUCAGAGAAGGAAGAGGAGAAGGCCCACUUUGAUUUGCGCUCUUCCUCAUCCUUUCCUUCCUUCCUGAGCAUCCUGGUGGUUCUGUUUCAGGGGCAGGAGCCAAUCCUGGAGGCGGCGGCAUCCCCCGAGGCCUGGGAGGAUUUCUCCGUCUGCUGCCAGAAGCCGCGUUUUGGGGAUUCCUCACAGGAGAACAGAACUCAUGGCACCUCGUGGGAGAACGGAGUGGUGCCACAGACUCCCGCCGAAGCAGGAGCCUUGCUCGGGCGGCCAGAUCUGAGCUCUGUGUCCUUCGAAGAAGUGGCGGUCUACUUCACCAACGCAGAGUGGGCGCUGCUGGGGGCGGCCCAGAAGGCGCUGCAUCGGGAGGUCAUGCUGGAGAAUUCCAGGAGCGUGGCCUCUUUGGCAGGUAACAGGGGGGACGGCAACCCUGGCGAUGGUCCAUGUGAGGUCUCAUCAGAGAAAACCAACCAUCUGGAGACGGACGAGGUCUUUGGAAAUCAGGAGGGACCAAAGCAACCUGAGGGAAGCCCAGCAGAAAAGGCUCAGGACGCGUCUUCCCCCAAGAUGAACAGCAAACAUGGCGUUCCGGCCCAGCACGCCAGACACAAAGGGAAGAAAAGGAACGUCUGUCCCGUGUGUGAGAAAAUUUUCAGCCACAAGUCAGACCUCAACGUCCACCAGAGGAUCCACACGGGCCAGAAGCAGCAUAAAUGCUCCGAGUGCGGGAAGAGCUUCCGGCAGAGUUCACACCUGGCUUCCCACCAAAGCAUCCACACCGGAGAGAAGCCGCACCAGUGCCCGGUGUGCGGGAAGAGCUUCCGGCAGCUGGCGUACCUCACCUCGCAUCAAAGGAUCCACACCGGAGAGAAGCCGUACCAGUGUCCGGAGUGCGGGAAGAGCUUCAACCGGAGCACGAACCUCACCUGCCACCUCAGGAAACACACGGGGGAGAAGCCCUACCACUGCUCCGUCUGCAGCAGGAGCUUCUGCGAUAAGUCCGGCUUCAAUCUGCACCAGCUCAUUCACUCCAGGGAUAAGCCUCACAAGUGCUUGGUGUGCGGCAAGAGUUUCAUCCGCCGCUCGCAGCUCACCUCCCACGAGGGGAUCCACACGGGGGAGAAACCCUACAAAUGUUCGGUGUGUGGAAAGAGCUUCCAUCGGAAUUCCAACCUGACCUCCCACCGGAGGAUCCACGUGGGGGAGAAACCUUUCGGCUGCUCCGAGUGCGGCAAGAGCUUUUACGAUAAGCAGCACCUCCUCAUCCACCAAAGGAUGCACACGGGGGAGAAACCCUACAAAUGUCUGGAGUGCGCGAAGAGCUUCCGGCGGCAUGCCAACCUUGCCUCCCACCAGAGGAUGCACACGGGACACAAAUCCUAUAAGUGCGUGCACUGCAGCAAGAGCUUCUACGACAAGCAUCACCUCGGGAUACACCAAAGGAUCCACACGGGAGAAAAGCCGUACCGGUGUCCGGAGUGCGGGAAAAGCUUCAGUCAGAGUUCGAGCCUCACGUCCCAUCAGAGAGUCCACACGGAAGAGAGGCCCUACCAGUGCUUGGAGUGUGGGAAGAGCUUCAGCCAGAAGCGGAACCUCAUCCGACAUCAGAAAAUCCACUCGGGAGAGAAGCCGCACCAAUGCCUGGAGUGCGGGAAGCGCUUUUAUGACCAGACGACCCUGACGUCUCACCAGCGGAUCCACACGGGGGAGAAGCCCUACACCUGCUCCGUGUGCGGAAGGAGCUUCAAUCGCAAAUCAGACCUUAAUGUGCACUGGAGGGUACACACCGGGGAGAAGCCCUACAAAUGCCCCGAAUGCGGAAAGAACUUCAGGCAGUUUGCGAGCCUCUCGUCUCAUCGGAGAAUUCACACCGGAGAGAGGCCGUACAAGUGUGCCGAAUGUGGGAAAGGCUUUUACGACAAAUCCAGCCACCUCAUCCACCAAAGGAUUCAUACGGGGGAGAAACCCUACCAGUGCUUGGUGUGCGGAAAGGGCUUCCACCAGAGCUUCGGCCUCACUUCCCAUCAGAGGAUCCACACGGGAGAGAAGCCUUACGUCUGCUCCUACUGUGGGAAGAGCUUUUACGACAAGCCACACCUCACGCGACACCAAAGGAUCCAUACCGGGGAGAAGCCCUACACCUGCGCGGAGUGUGGGAAAAGCUUCAGCCAGAUAACGAGCUACAAUUCUCAUCAAAGGAUCCACACCGGGGAGAGACCUUUCGUCUGCUCGGACUGCGGGAAAAGCUUCUACGACAAAUCCAACCUUUUGACGCACCAAAGGAUUCACACGGGAGAAAAGCGAUAUAAAUGCCCGGAGUGCGGGAAGUCCUUUAGUCAAAAGAAAAGCCUCACUUCCCACCAGAGCAUCCACACGGGGGAGAAACCGUACCGCUGCCUGGAGUGCGGGAAAAAUUUCAGGCAACACACGGACCUCGCCUCGCACCAAAAAAUCCACACAGGGGAGAAACCCUACCAGUGUCCGGAGUGCGGGAAGAGAUUUUACAGGAAAGCCGACCUGAACAGGCACCAGAGAACUCACACAGGGGCAAAAAGACCCAUCCUUGCCUGGAGCGUGGACAUGGCCUCCGAUGGCGUAUCCAUGCUGCGUCCUCUCGGUGAAUUUACACAGGAAAACCAAUAUAUAACUCCUGAGAUUAAGCAGGAAGUUUACUGUUAAGCCCUCCCUGCUUAAGGCAUCAGAGAAUUCACAUGGAAAAGACCUUAUUUCCUCUUGCUUACUCUUUAUCUCAAAAAUAUUUGCUGCUUGUUUCCAUCAGACUCAGUGACACAAACGUGAGGAUGAUGGCGAAACGCAGUGGAUGAAACAGAACUGUCUCUUUGUAUAUGUAACCCUUUAUAGCCUUCCCAGUGUUCUAUGGGCCCUGAAUCAGUCCUAUCCUUCCUUCUUAAUCAACCAACUUACACCAGUUUUUAGGGUGUGUUUAUUUUUUCACCUUUCCUUAAUUUCAUGCCUGUAUUUGUGUUUUCUUGCAAAAAAUAUACAUGUCUGUUGGGAAGUCUC